CGCGAGGGGCGGAGAGGCAGAGCGCGGCUAGAGGACCAGACGCCCAGGUCGCCCGCAUCCAGUGCCGCAGGAGACCCAAAGCUCUCCUUCGCCCGGGCGUCCCAGCUGCUGCCUUCGCCCCAGCGACUGAUCACCUGUCCUCCGCCUCGACCUCAGCUCGGCGCUCCCUGGCUCCCGAGCACACACUACCCCGUGCAGCCGGAGACUCGCCCCAGCCCUCGUCGGCGACCACCAUGGCGGACACCAACAACGAAUGCAGCAUUAAGGUGCUUUGCCGUUUUCGGCCCCUGAACCAGGCGGAGAUUCUGCGGGGGGACAAGUUCAUUCCCAUUUUUCAAGGGGACGACAGCGUCAUUAUUGGGGGAAAGCCAUAUGUCUUUGACCGUGUGUUCCCCCCAAACACGACUCAGGAGCAAGUUUAUCAUGCAUGUGCCAUGCAGAUCGUCAAAGACGUCCUUGCUGGCUACAACGGCACAAUUUUUGCUUAUGGACAGACAUCCUCAGGGAAAACACAUACCAUGGAGGGAAAGCUGCACGACCCUCAGCUGAUGGGAAUCAUCCCUCGGAUUGCUCGAGACAUCUUCAACCACAUCUACUCCAUGGACGAGAACCUUGAAUUCCACAUUAAGGUUUCUUACUUUGAGAUUUACCUGGAUAAGAUCCGAGACCUUUUGGAUGUGACCAAGACAAACCUGUCUGUGCACGAGGACAAGAACCGGGUACCUUUUGUCAAGGGUUGUACUGAGCGCUUCGUGUCCAGCCCAGAGGAGAUUUUGGAUGUGAUUGAUGAAGGGAAGUCGAACCGUCACGUAGCUGUCACCAAUAUGAAUGAGCACAGUUCUCGGAGCCACAGCAUCUUCCUCAUCAACAUCAAGCAGGAGAACAUAGAGACUGAGCAGAAGCUCAGCGGGAAGCUCUACCUUGUGGACCUGGCUGGGAGCGAGAAGGUCAGCAAGACUGGGGCAGAGGGUGCUGUGCUGGAUGAGGCUAAGAAUAUCAAUAAGUCACUGUCGGCCCUUGGGAAUGUCAUCUCCGCCCUGGCUGAGGGCACUAAAAGUUACGUGCCGUACCGUGACAGCAAAAUGACCCGGAUUCUCCAGGACUCUCUGGGCGGGAACUGCAGGACCACCAUGUUCAUCUGCUGCUCUCCGUCUAGCUACAACGACGCGGAGACCAAGUCCACUCUGAUGUUCGGGCAGCGGGCAAAGACCAUUAAGAACACUGCCUCCGUCAAUCUGGAGUUGACUGCUGAGCAAUGGAAGAAGAAAUAUGAGAAGGAGAAGGAGAAGACCAAGGCCCAGAAGGAGACGAUUGCAAAGCUGGAGGCCGAACUAAGCCGGUGGCGCAAUGGAGAGAACGUGCCUGAGACUGAGCGCCUGGCUGGGGAGGAUUCAGCUCUGGGAGCUGAGCUGUGCGAGGAGACCCCCGUGAAUGACAACUCAUCCAUUGUGGUCCGCAUCGCACCUGAGGAGAGGCAGAAAUAUGAGGAAGAGAUCCGCCGCCUCUACAAGCAGCUUGAUGACAAGGACGAUGAAAUCAACCAGCAGAGCCAGCUCAUUGAGAAACUGAAGCAGCAGAUGCUGGACCAGGAAGAGCUGCUGGUGUCUACUCGGGGAGACAACGAGAAGGUCCAGCGGGAGCUGAGCCACCUGCAGUCGGAGAACGACGCAGCGAAGGAUGAGGUGAAGGAGGUGCUGCAGGCCCUGGAGGAGCUGGCUGUCAACUAUGACCAGAAGUCCCAGGAGGUGGAGGAGAAGAGCCAGCAGAACCAGUUGCUGGUGGAUGAACUGUCCCAGAAGGUGGCCACCAUGCUGUCCCUGGAGUCUGAGCUACAGCGGCUCCAGGAGGUCAGUGGACACCAGCGAAAACGGAUUGCCGAGGUGCUGAAUGGGCUGAUGAAGGACCUGAGUGAGUUCAGUGUCAUCGUGGGCAGCGGUGAGAUUAAGCUGCCAGUGGAGAUCAGUGGGGCCAUCGAAGAGGAGUUCACGGUGGCCCGACUCUACAUCAGCAAAAUCAAGUCGGAGGUCAAGUCUGUGGUCAAGCGGUGUAGGCAGCUGGAGAGCCUCCAGGUGGAAUGCCAUCGCAAGAUGGAGGUGACUGGUAGGGAGCUGUCAUCCUGCCAGCUGCUCAUCUCACAGCACGAGGCCAAGAUCCGCUCGCUUACGGAAUACAUGCAGAGUGUGGAGCUGAAGAAACGGCACCUGGAGGAAUCCUAUGACUCCCUGAGCGAUGAGCUAGCCAAGCUUCAGGCGCAGGAAACUGUGCAUGAAGUGGCCCUGAAAGACAAGGAACCAGACACACAAGACGCAGAAGAAGUGAAGAAGGCCCUAGAACUGCAGAUGGAGAAUCACCGCGAGGCCCAUCACCGACAGCUGGCCCGCCUCCGAGACGAGAUUAAUGAGAAACAGAGGACCAUUGAUGAGCUUAAAGACCUGAACCAGAAACUGCAGUUGGAGCUGGAGAAGCUUCAGGCUGAUUAUGAGCGGCUGAAGAACGAGGAGCAUGAGAAGAGCGCCAAACUCCAGGAGCUGACAUUUCUGUACGAGCGACAUGAGCAGUCCAAGCAGGACCUCAAGGGGCUGGAGGAGACAGUUGCCCGGGAACUCCAGACCCUCCACAACCUUCGCAAGCUGUUCGUUCAAGACGUCACGACUCGAGUCAAGAAAAGUGCAGAAAUGGAGCCCGAGGACAGUGGGGGGAUUCACUCCCAGAAACAGAAGAUCUCCUUUCUUGAGAACAACCUGGAACAGCUUACAAAAGUUCACAAACAGCUGGUACGUGACAAUGCAGAUUUGCGUUGUGAGCUUCCUAAACUGGAAAAACGACUUAGGGCUACGGCUGAGAGAGUUAAGGCCCUGGAGGGUGCACUGAAGGAGGCCAAGGAGGGCGCCAUGAAGGACAAGCGUCGCUACCAGCAGGAGGUGGACCGCAUCAAGGAGGCUGUGCGGUACAAGAGCUCGGGCAAGCGGGGCCACUCGGCCCAGAUCGCCAAACCUGUGAGGCCUGGCCACUACCCAGCCUCCUCACCCACCAACCCCUACGGCACCCGGAGCCCAGAGUGUAUCAGUUACACCAACAACCUCUUCCAGAACUAUCAAAACCUGCACCUGCAGGCUGCUCCUAACUCCACCUCAGAUAUGUACUUUGCUAACUCCUGUGCCAGCAGCGGAGCCACAUCUGGUGGUCCCUUGGCUUCCUACCAGAAGGCCAACAUGGACAAUGGAAAUGCCACAGAUAUCAACGACAACAGGAGUGACCUGCCAUGCGGCUAUAAGGCUGAGGACCAGGCCAAGCUUUUCCCUCUCCACCAAGAGACGGCAGCCAGCUAACUCCCAUUCCUGGCGACCAAUCUGCACUUUCAGUUUCUGAGAGGGACUGAGGCCUCUUCUCUCAGCAUGCUGCAACCUGUGGCCUCUGAUACUAGCUCCCUCCCCAGCCCGUGUUGUUGGACUGUCGAUGCCUCCUCUUACUCCAUCUCCCUUCGUCCUCUAUAUCUAUAUACGAGAAGCUGCUGCUGUACCUCUCCUCUCUCUCUCGUACUCUGAGUAUCUGGUGAUGCGUUUAGCAGGUUUUAAGCAUAGUCUCCCUCCUCGUUUGGCGUUAGGGAGGAGGGAAGUGUCUUCCUCCUUCUUUCCAUACACUCGUUCCUUACACUGUCACAAGAUAAGGGAAAUGGAGCUGGGAGGCCGCGCUCUUCUCGCUCACACACGUGUACAUGCACACACACGCACGCACACACACACCUCGUGCACAUACAAAGCCUUAAGCAGAAGAAUGUCUUAGCAUCUACGAAAAGAGAGAAACAGACCCCCCCUCUUUACACAGAGCACAGAGGAGGACCCAGCGGAAGGGUUGCUAAAUCAUGCCCCCAAUACACCCCUCACCUGAGUCAGAUUGUGGGAGCUCACUUCCGUCCACGAAGUCUGCCUUCUGCUCUCUCCUUCCGCAGUCUGAGCAUGGGUUGCUCAAGGGGCUAUUUCCCUGUCUAGCCCAGGCCUCUUUUGAUACUUUCUACUCCAGAUAUCACAACUGGAACUUAGAGUUGUCUUAAAAAAAAUUCUGGAAGGUUGAGAGGGCGGACCUCUGAGAAAUGGUUGCUCAUCUGUCUGUGCCGAUAGUUACAAGCAAGCGGAGUCAGAAACGGUGGGUUCCCCGGGCCUGGGGCGUGAACAGGCUGGGGUCUGCCGUGGGGUGUCUAUCACAGUGCCCUCAGUUGAAGCUGCAAGCUUACUCCUUCUCCCUUUUGGGUUGCCCGUUCUCCCACUUCUGACUCUGGUUCGGGGCUUCCACUUCAUCGACAUAAUAGUUGUUUCUAGAUGCCUUCCCUUCGAGCUAGCUAGAGUCUGGCUUUUUCCCCAGUGUAUCUUCCUUCCCACAUACAGUUCCUUCUGCAAUCUUCAUCUGGUACCAAGUGCGCUUUCAAGACGAGGCAGGGGUGUGGGUGCAGCAAAGUGGCCGACAGCUUCCCUAGCUCAUGAUAAAGCCCUGGUUUUGAUCCCCAGCACCUCAAAACAAAAGCCGGGUAUGGUGGUGCUCACAUUUGUAAAUGUUGCUCUCAGGAGGCCGAGGUAGGAGAAUUGCUAAAUUUGAGGCUAGCCUGGACUACACAGUCCGUUCUAGGAUAGCUUGACUCAAAACCCUGACUCAAAACAAAAGAGAAAGGGACAGGUCAGAUUUUUCAGAGGUGACAAAGGCAGAGGGCUUGAAUCUAGAGCUCUCCCCACAGCAUUCUUAGCCCAGAUCCCCGCCUCCAGCAGUCAAGAGGACCCUGGUGAAGUUCAGGGAGCCCUUUCCUCCCACCCACCAAGGUGACACCUGCAGGAACAGAGGUCAUUACCCAGCCUAAGCCACGAAAUACAGCCAAGCAUCCAGAUACCCAGUCUUACCUGGGGUGUGAGGCCAGGACUUGCUCACAGCAGGGCAGCCUGUCUGUCGUCUGGCUAAAAGGAAACCUGUGGGUGACUGCUGGUAAACCCGGGGCGUAGUGGCCGUGACUCCUUCAAGGGAAAGUUUCUGCUUUUUACGUAUUAAGGGGCGACAGAGAUGGUAACAGGUAUCAGAGUGCUGCUGGGGGAAAUCCAGAAUGGCAACUGUCACUUUUCAAAAAUAAGUCUUCUGUAGGAAGAUGUAAAAAGUAACACAAGGCUUUGGUGGUGGCUUAAUGGUUCUGUGCUUGUCCAAGACACUUAGUGUGACAAGGGCUCAGGGUCUCAUCUAUCUCUUCAACUGCAAAAACCAAGAAAACCAAAAUGGUGAAGUAACAGAGGUUAAUCAUUCUUUUCAUGUUCCCCCCAGUAGAAAAUGCUUAAUUAGUUGAAGGGUCCUGAAACAGCCCUAAGAGUGUGGAAAUCACUUAUUUAUAAGAGGGAGUCCAGUGUGGUUCCCCUACCCUAAAACCACAACUCCAAAGAAAGGACAGAUGGCGUUCGGGAGUCACCGGCUCAGACCCAGUGGCUGGAGGAGGAAGGCCCCGUCCUGUCUGUGGCCUCAGGCCAGCAGGACACCUGAGAAGGUGAGGGAGUCUGCAAUCUUGCCACCAGACAUUCUUUCAAAAUACAAGGAAAUGGUCCACAGGAGAGCCCACGAGGGAGGGGCGACACAUCCCUCUCUUCAGCAAGAUGUAAGGGGAAGUGUGGCUUCCUUAUGUUAGCGGGAAAGAGCCCCUUCACCGGUAACUUCUCACCACACUCUCCCUCCCCACAUUCACUACAUCCCUCUCAGAGAGCCAGGUCACCAGGAGGGCCGCCUGGCCUGCCCACUCACAUCUGCCAAAAUUUUGCAUGCCAGCGUGGAAGACAGACCAAACUGCACAAAUCCCAGUGUGUAUUUACUUGGUGGACACAGAUACCUUUAAAAUAAAAUAAAUCCAGUGAUGACUA